AAGAGACGUUUGUUAUAUUCUUCGCGCAGGUCGUGCAGGUGCGGUUCAAUUUUCUUUAGGUCGUCGCGCGUAGCUCUUUCGUCGAGUGCUUGGACAGUGUUCGCGUGGUUUGUUUUCUUUUUUUUUUGGGCAGUGCGAGUGACCUACAUAGAGCGAACACCAUGCGUUGGCACUUGCUGGCAGCGGUGGUAUGCGUCGUCACCCUUCACUGUCGGGCCAAUCCUAUCGUAACGAUAAACGCCGAGCCUGAAGAUCACGCGGAUCGGAGUCAAAUCGCUCUAAAAAAUCAAAAUGUCGAAUCUCAACCGGUACAAAUCGAAGGAUCGCGCGAAAAGUCCGAGGUCGCGUCAAACAAAAAACUAGAAAGUGAAACGAGUGAAAAUGAAUCGGAGAUCGAAAACGGUGUAUCGAAAAGUUCUACCGACGGCGAGGAAACAAAACCAAUCAAAAAAGCCACUUCAUUGGAAGAAACUCCCAAGAAGAAACUUGUAAAAGCAAAAGUGACAGGAAGACAGUCGUCGGAUGACGAUGACGAUGACGACGAUGAUGACGAUUUAGAUUUGGGCGUUGAAGAUGAUGAUGAUGACGACGACGACACUGGAGAUGACGACGAUGACGACGACGACGAUGACGAAGGAGGGGAUUAUUUCGAAAGGCUUUUCGACGAUAUCUUGGGAGGAGAGGACGAUGACGAUGAUGACGAUGAUGACGACGACGUCUCUCCCUCUACUGGCGAUCAAGCUACGCUCAAUACCGCUCAACGACCGUCUAAACCAUCAGCAUCUAUUACUCCAGUUGCCGCCUCGGCAGUUCCGGAAGUGCCGGAAUCGGAGGCAUCCCCGGACGAACAACUUAACGCCGCUGAAGAGGCUGAUGGUGAAAGCGAGACUGGUACGGAGGAAACUCAGUUUAGCGAAUCCCUGAUUGAAAAAGACCCCGUCGAGGAGGAAUCGGUACCCAUAGUGCAGAACUCUGUACAGGAUCCCGUUAUAGUAGAUCCGGUACCUGCAAAUGACCCUGACGAUGACGACGAUGACGAUGACGAUGACGACGAUGACGACAUUAGUUUAGACGAUGACGAUGACGAAGACGACGAUGAUGAUGACGACGAAGACGAUGAAGAUGAUGACGACGACGACGAGCCAGAUCUGGCGGAUGUCAUCGAGGCCAAGCGAUCACGUGCCCUGGAGCCCGGUCAGCCGAAAAUGCCAGCAGUAUAUAUCGCCAAGUACAACAGGUUCGUCGACGUUGUGCUCAACAGAAUAAACCGUCUCCUGGGCAAACAGUACGACCCAGUACGAGUCAAGUUGUUAGGCGGCGGAAAGAAAAACAUAGGGAAAAAUAACAAGAAAAACAAAAACCAUAAGAACAAAAAUAAGACAAAGGCCAGAGAAGAGCCGGCGAAAAUGGCACAGCUAAACAAGAUGGUGAACUCGAACUCGCCAGUGGGCCAAUAUAAAUACGAACCUGUCGCAAAUAAUACUGAGACACCUAAGGCUUUGUUGGUCGACAAUAGAGAAUCGGAGUUUGUGUUAGUUUCUAAAGUCGGAACUGUUGCAACAGACAUACCGACCGACCAAAACAAAGAACUGAGGGUCACUCAAUCUACCGCGUCCAAAAAAAAACCAACUGCCAACACCAAAAAGACCACAACGAAGAAAAAAAAUACUACCAAGGCGACUCCCAACAAAGGCCAAAUAAAACAAUCAUCGUCCAACAAACAAAAACCGAGGGCCACUCUCUUCGGUCUGAGCUCUCUUAAACGCGAUGGCGACGUAUCGGUCAACAUGAUGGCGGAUCAUACCACGGUAAAGACCAAUUUCAUUAUGGGACCGCUCACCCUCAGAGUGGAGAGGGAGAUGGCAAAGAGUGGCAAAAAGGUGCUGAGAAGUGCUACGGCUACAACAGCGGAGAUGUAUGGGCGGCUCAACCUCAGAAUCAUUAACGGUGGAGUCGCUACCUUACACUCGAUAAGGGUACUUCAGCCGAAACAGGUUAGAAUUGAUGCCAGUGAUGAUCAUGAUAAAACGAGGGAAUUUAUGUGGAAGAGGAGCCCCCAAAUUGCUACCAUGGUGUCGCAGAAGUUGGCGGCAGCAGCAAGGUCCAUGUUAAAGCCCCCUCCUCAACCUAGACCGUAGCUUUAAGGUUACUAUACAAAUGUGCCUAUUUAGAAUACACCCCAGCGUCAUUACCUAUGAAACGUUGAUACAAUGAAAUCUCUCUCAUUACUUUAGGGCUAGUUGUAGUAUUUAUUUAUUUAUGUAUUUAUUUUAUUUAUUUCACAUAUAAAUGACAAAG